AUGCCUCUGAAAGGAAUGACAACAAGGAGAAGGCCUGCAGAUGAUGUCCCUGAGGCUAAGGUUCCCUCUCCACCAGUUUCAUUCCCUAUGAACGCCAUUCUUGAGGCUUUAAGAGGCAUUCCUGCCCAACAGAUGGAUCAAAUUGCUCAUCACUUCCACAUUUCCAUCGGAUUCAAAUGCCUAAGUCUAAAGGUGGACAAGAUCCCAUGGAAAAAAAAAGUUGGAAAAAGAAAUCUGACCAAGAAGAAGGAGAAGGCUUUUGGUCAAGCCUAUGCUCUUGGUGGUGAUGAUAUAUCAGUGGUUAGUGGCUUUCCAGAUGUGUUUCCUGAGGAUUUUCCAAGACCACCACGUGAUAGAGAGAUCGAGUUUUACAUUGAUUUAAUUCCUGGGACUCAACCAGUUUCUAUUGCACCUUAUCUCAUGACACAUGCAGAGUUGGUUGAAUUGAAAAGGCAAUUGGGUGAGUUAAUGGAUAAAGAAAAAGCAAAUGUGGUCAUGGAUGCAUUAAGUAGAAAAUCUCAUGGCACUUUGGCUUGUUUAGCUCUUGAGGAUUGGAAAAGAAUGAUCACGGUGGGUGAUUAUGAUUUGGAGUACUAUGAAGGAAAAGAGAUUGCUUGUGUUUCAAACAAGUGGUUACACCAGUGCUACUUCGACAAAUUUAGAAAUGUUAAAGUUGAGCACCAGAGACCAUCAGGGUUGCUUCAACCUUUACCUAUACCAGAAUGGAAGUGGGACAAGAUCACAAUGUACUUUGUGACGGGAUUACCAUUAACACCAUUAAAGCAUGACAUUGUCUGGGUGAUUGUCAAUUGUUUGACCAAAUCUGCUCAUUUCAUUCCAAUUAGGAAGGAUUAUAAGGUUUCUAGACUAGCUCAACUUUAUGUGGAUAAUAUACUUCGACUGCAUGGGUUGCCUUCCAGCAUUGUUUCUGAUGGAGAUCCUCGAUUUACAUCAAGAUUUGGAGUGAAGGGUAAGCUAGCCCCGAGGUAUAUUGGACCUUUCAAUGUUAUUGAGAGGGUUAGGGAGGUUGCUUUUCGAUUGAACUUACCAGCACGGUUGGGGCAUGUUCACAAUAUGUUCCAUGUAUCAAUGUUGAGGAAGUAUACUCCAGACCCAUCGGACAUCAUUGAGUAUGAGGCUAUCCCUCUUCAAGAGGACGUGACAUAUGAAGAACAACCUAUCAGAAUCCUAGCGAGAGAGUUAAAGAUGCCAAGGAAUAGAGAGAUUCUAGUAGUUAAGGUCUUAUGGCAGAACCAUAGAGAAGACGAGGCUACAAGGGAGUUAGAGUCAAAUAUGCAUGAGAAGUAUCCGCAUUUGUUUAAUUUUCAGCUUGAGGUUGUACUAUGA